GGAGGAAAAAUAAAAGGGAAAAGUAAAAGAAUAGAAAAGAAAUCCGGAGAAGUGAGGAAGAGGAUAACAUUACUACAGGUUGCAAGAGUAUUGUGGGUGUUCUAAAAAUGGAGGUCAUAGGAAUUUGCAUAAAUCCCAUGGGAGGAGAUAGAUUCUUGUCUCAUUCCUCAAAUUUCGUUACUCUCGCUCCUCCUCCUUCGAAAUUGCAUAGAUUUUCUUCAAUUCAAUUCAAGUUUAGAAACCAUAGAGUGAGAAGUCAUUGUUGCGUCACCUUGCGGGAUAAACCUCCUUCGAUAGAAGAAAUAGCUUCAGAAGAAGCUUUUGAAGAAGAAUCUUUUGAAGAAGAAGAAGACUACGAAGACGAUUCGUCGUCGUUUCUUUCUCUAAGCGAGAAGCCAGACAGAAAUUUAGCUUUACUUGAUGAGUAUGAGAUUGAAGAGAAUGAUUUUGACUCUAAUCAUCGAAGUGGAUAUGUGGCUGUUGUGGGCAAACCGAAUGUUGGAAAGAGCACUCUUUUGAACCAAAUGAUUGGUCAGAAACUAUCUAUUGUCACAGAUAAACCUCAAACUACCAGACAUCGAAUCCUUGGUAUAUGUUCUGGCCCAGAUUAUCAGAUGAUACUUUAUGAUACACCUGGAGUUAUUAAGAAGAAAAUGCACAAAUUGGACUCUAUGAUGAUGAAGAAUGUUCGGAGUGCUGCAGUCAAUGCAGAUUGUGUAGUUGUGGUGGUUGAUGCAUGUAAGAUGCCUGAAAAGUUGGAUGGAGUGCUUGAGGGUGUAGGGGACCUGAAGGACAAGCUGCCCACCUUGCUUGUUCUAAAUAAAAAGGAUCUCAUUAAACCUGGUGAAAUUGCUAAGAAAAUUGAGUGGUACGAAAAGUUCACCGAUGCAGAUGAGGUUAUACCUGUUAGUGCUAAAUAUGGCCAUGGAGUUGACGAUGUCAAAGAUUGGAUUCUAUCAAAAAUUCCUCUUGGUCCACCAUAUUAUCCAAAAGACAUAGCCAGUGAACAUCCCGAAAGAUUCUUUGUGGGAGAAAUUGUUAGAGAGAAGAUCUUUUUGCAAUACAAGAAUGAAAUUCCAUAUGCAUGCCAGGUUAAUGUGGUGAGUUACAAGACAAGGCCAGCUGCUAAAGAUUUCAUUCAAGUGGAGAUUCUUGUUGAGAAGAACUCACAAAAGAUCAUCCUUAUUGGAAAGGAGGGACGAGCUCUAAAAUUACUAGCGACUGCUGCACGCCUUGACAUUGAAGAUUUUCUGCAGAAGAAAGUAUAUUUAGAGGUGGAAGUCAAAGUAAAAGAAAAUUGGAGACAAGACGAAGGUCUUCUCCAACGCUAUGGUUAUGGUGGUAAAAUUCAAGUUUUGUAGUAGCAGGAUUCAUAUUCAUCUCAAGUACACAUUUCGCAUGGGAACGACCAGGUGGAGAUUUUUGUAUGUGCUCUGUUAUAUAAACUGUAGUUAUGAAGCAAUGUUUUCUUAAUAGUCAUGAUGUUACUUCUACAUCUCCGAGUCUCUGUCAUACGUUCUGUUUCUUGCAUGCUGUUCCUUUUCACUCUUUCCUCCUUCACACGUGCUCACUCGGUAGAGGCAACUAAUCAUAGCAACCAUAUUUGUAUGUAUUUUGCACGCUAUGCAUCUCUAAAUGUUCAGAUACGUAUGUUUUUUCUAACAGUUUUGUGGCAGCAUGAUUAUAUGAUGGUACAACAUACAAAAUAGUGAAAGUACCCAUAAUUUUCUGCUUGUGGACCUUUUCUUCCAUCUGAAUGUAAGUCAUUCUCAGUAGGCCUUGAAUUGUAAGUUGAGGGUGUAAACAUUGAACUGAUUGAAGUAAUGUUACUAACAAUCAAUUCGAUCUGAGCUAAACUUCAUUUUGUUCUUUUAUCAAUGAAAUGAGUUACAAGAUUCCUA